CAAAAGAGGUAGGACCGCCAUUUGCCGGAUCUCGCAGAAAACUUACAAUUUUCAACAGUUUUGGAUUUUAUCAACGUGGAUGUACUAUUAAACGGUCAGGAAACUAUUAAUGUCGUUUUGGAAUUAUAUGCAUGCAUUAUGGAUGUUUUUUCUUUGUUGUGUAGAGAAUUGAUGUGGAGUACUAUAGGAGUACUAUACUCUAUGUACACUGUAGUGUCUGGUAUGGAGUGUAGUGGCGCCUCAGUCUAGUGGAGUUUGCCAAUGGGAAUGCACUAAACCAAUACCCUCUAUGCCAGUACUGUAUAGCCAGUAUGUAUUCGGCCUUUGGAUUAGUCUAGUAUUGAGUGUGUUCUUAGAAUUGUAUUAAUGUCAUUAUACAAACCACUUGGAGCCAAUGAGAGAAAAGUCAACACAGGGCCACAGCGGUAGUGCAGUGGCCUCUGACUCCAACCCGCACCAGGUCACCAACUUUAAGGAGUCGACAAGCCAAUCAUUUGAUGAUGAUGAAAAUGAAUGGGAACUCGGUGUUGGCAACUUGAUCAUCGAUCUCGACGCUGAUCUCGAGCGCAACAGCACCAGUCCGAUAUCUGGUCAGCAGCCCGAGACCACGUCGCCCAAGAUGAGUGGUAUCGAACACCAGGCUACAGUCGAUAAAGGUUUAAAAAUGAAAAUAAAACGUAAAAGUGGUGGUGCUAAAUCUGAGACUAAGCAUGAAAUUGUCAAGCAUGACAAAAUGGCUAGUAUAGGAGAACUUGGUUCUAGCGCAUUGUCGCCUGUUGGUGAUAAGAAACUGAGUCCCGGGGACGGGAAAGAUAAACUCAUAAAAGGAGUGCGAGGAAUACAUAAAAAGGACAAAAGCAAGGAAAAGACUUGUCGAGCGUUGGAAGGGGCAGCCAACAUGGCCAAUGGGUUCCCCAUUCAUUGUGGAAAUAGUAACGACGCUGGGAAUGGUUUAUUAGAAUCGGACAAAUUACCUUUUGGAAUAAAGCGGGAGUCUGUGUCAACGGCUGCCUUGGACCCAUAUGAAUUCAAUGCGAAGGUGGAGGAUCGUAUUAGUAUGCCAGUCAAAAAGAUUAAGUUGGAAAAGAAUGACCCAACUGCCAUGACUGCUGCAGCCCCAUCUUGUCCUGGUGCUAGUCCUAAUCAAAUGACGCCCCGAACAGUCACCCCAUUCCAAAACGUCGAGACUUCAUCAUCGGUAUCACAACCUUUCCAUGAUGCAUCGACGGAGACCUCGCAUGUUGGCACGAUUACGGAACCUGAAUGUCUUGGUCCAUGUGAACCCGGUACGAGUGUGAGUUUGGAGGGAAUUGUCUGGCAGGAGACAGAAAAUGGUGUGCUUGUUGUGAACGUAACCUGGCGAGGAAAAACAUAUGUGGGUACCCUGAUGGAUUCGACUAAGCAUGACUGGGCACCUCCAAGAUUCACAUGUGACUCGCCGACAAGUGACUUCGAAGCCCGCACACCCAAAGGUCGUGGAAAACGCGGAGCACGUGGCAGCACUAGUACCCCGCUCAAUGACAUGAGUAACUACACAGAGAGGAAGCUGAGAAAAGGUCGCAGAGGAACGAAUAACUUCCAAGCACCCCCUAGUCCAGCAAAAUCUGAUGUUACUCCUGUUUCGGGGGUCAAGAGGAAGGGCCGUCCAGCAGAACUAGAUUUAUCAGUGAACGAGGAAACAGGUCGAAGUUCUAAACGGAAUAGGUCAAAUUCUAGGAGUACUCCAACGCCUGCACCCCCCACACCCACCUCAAAUUCAAAUACGGCUAAUGUUCCUGAUCAAUCAGUCAGUACUGGGCCUGGAACGCUUAUUCAGUGUCCAGAGCCGAACUGUAACAAAAAGUACCGCCAUAUCAACGGAUUACGUUAUCAUCAAAGUCAUGCUCACAUGAACAACAACACGUCAGAUGAGAAGGAGGACUCGACUAAGAGUACGAGUUCGGGGGACAGUCGGCCAACGUCGCCUCCCACCCCUGCUAAUACUGCCAAUAACUCGGACCAGUCAAACGGGACUAAAACCCCAGUCAAACGGACUACUAGAGAAAGUGAAUCAAAAUCAAAAUCUAGGUCAGACUCGGCCAAUGAAAAGUCAAAAGAUGAUUCCAAAGAAUCUUCGGUGACUGAGGAUAUGAAAUCAGAAAAGUGUGAAACAAUUCCGAUGGAAACAGUUUCCGAGUGUGAGAAAAAAGUUGUGAAACCAGUCACUUCACAAGUCUAUCAGAUCUCAGGUGGUGCCAUGGGGCGGUUAGGUGGUAUUAGUGUCCUGCCUAAACCAGUCUCGGAACUAGGUAUGGCAGUUGGAGUUCCAGGAACGGUGACAACGGUGACUGCCGUGACGGUACCGAUUACCACCGUGGCCACGUUACCAGUGCAAGGCAAAGGUGAUGGCAAGGAUGAUAAAAAGAAAAAGGUGGAUAAAGUUGAAAAAGCCAGUGUGGUGAAGCCGUCAACUAUCAAUAGGCCGAUUGUUCCUGCUCCAGUGCCGCAAACUAUAACUCUGACAACAAAUGGUCCAAUCACGCAUUCCACAUUAACUGCAGUAACUGCUCAUGCUCAGAUCUCUCCGACUUUAAAAGCUAUCCAGCCAAAGCCGACCAUCAUGGGAGAACCGUCCAUAAUCAAUCCUGCUCUCACCGCGCUAAAGGAGAAGAAACCCAAGCACAAAAAGAAAAACAAGGAGAAGGAGAGGUCGAAAUCUCCACGCAUGAAAGAUGAUAUUGCGAUAGACAGUAAAGCUGAACUUACUUCUGUGAUCAAAUCUGUAUCUGCCGGUACAGCUGAGAUAAGAGAUGGUGCUGAAAAUGACAAACUCAAAUCUGAUGCAGCCAAGCUGCCCCUCUUGAAAGAAUGCGAUAUCAAAGUUGAACCUGGUUCUGAUAGUCGUGUGCUACUACCUUCUAGUCUAAGUCUGACUACGAGGUUAGAAGUUAGUACGCCAGAUCCUACCGAUCACGGGAGCGAGAGUGUCCAGAGCCCCGCAUAUUCUGAUAUCUCGGAUGCGGCCGAUUCAGCGCCCUCUUUGGACAAUGAAGGAGACAUUAAACAGAAAGACAAGCCAUCUUCCAACGAGGCUCCCACUGGGGAGCAUAAUUCAGACUCUUCCUUGUAUGGCAUGUACCCUUACUAUGGUCAGGCGCCGUACCUUAUUCCUGCCAUACCACAAACACAGGCCCAGACGCAACCAUCUGCAGUGUCGCCAUCUGCUGCAAGCACGAGUGAGCCAACCAGCUCAAAAACUCAGGAAACUAAACCGAAUGCUGUGGUGUGUAAGCCUGGUGACCGUCUCGAAGAUGGGAAGGAGAUAAAAAAGGAGCCACUGUCGAGCCCUCAGUUAGGGGGGCGUGAUUAUCGUGUGCCAUCACAGCAACAAAAGAUGAUGCCGCAGUCAAUGUAUGGACAUCCUCAGUUUCAAUAUCUUACUGCCUUUGGUUACAUUGAUCCCGCAUAUCACUCUGAUCCAAGCUAUCGUGAAAAACAUGAAAAAUUCAUGGAGGACCAGGAACGAUUACGUAAGGAGCCAAUCUUUAAGCAAGAUCGUGAAAAGGCUGGUGAUAAAGACAAGGGUAACAUUUCGCCAAAACUUCCACCUGCCGAUCCUGGCAAGGGUGAGAAAACACGCCCUGUCCAUGCUGUUAGUCCUAUGGUUACUGCUGAUCAGAAUAAAAACGUGCAGAAACUCCGUGAACCUAAGCUAAGUCCACAAGCAGAUGCAAAAGAUAAAAGUGACAUGACUCUUAAAGAAAAACAAAACGAAAAUUUACAAAUUCUUAAGGAAAAUAUGGAUUUAAAACCGCAAAUGGACAAUCGAACCAAGCCGACGGUCAUGACAGUUGGUCAGGAUUCAUAUGACCAGCGUACGUUGUUGUACGCACGGCAACGGGAGGAAUUACAAAGUUACUACAUGUAUCAACAUCAGAAGUUGCAUGAGAAACAUGAUGCUGGAAGUCCGCACUCUGUGGGGGAGGGGCCCAAGGUGGAUGGCAAAAAGUCGGAGAGUAAAAUGGUUGAGCAAGUAAAAGAUGGAGAGAAAGGUUCCCCAAGGGACUCGCCUGUGGUGAAAAGGGAACAAACACCAAGUGACUUGUCAAAAAAGGACUCUAAUCCACCUGGUGAUAGGGGGAAAAGUUAUCGCGAUAAGAGUGACGAGCGGCGACCUGCUGAGCGACCGAGGACUGUUGAUGACAAAGGUCGUACUCGGAGUCCCAAUGUCACACCGAAACUAAAGACUGAGGGUAUGCCUUCUGCUUCGAUGUCGAGCCCGACAGCUGCCGGUGUCAUACCCGCACCAGCACAUUAUGCUCAAUAUCUCCCAGCAGGAUAUCUACAGUCUCCUCAUGCCGCAUACGCACAAUUUCCUUAUGAUCCUAGUGCUAUGUAUCGCCAUGGUAUCAUUGGCUACCCACCGGGUGCUGGCUACCCGGUUCACCCUGGUCAUCCCGGUGCUCCUCCUCCAAUGCGCUAUCAUGUCUCACCUAUCGACUUGGAAAGGGAAAAAUCAGCAGCGCUGUCAUCUCCAAAUGCGCCAAGUCCAUUGGCCCAGGGGGAACCUCCGAAGGCACUUGAUUUACUUCAACAGCAUGCGUCACAUUAUUAUAGCUCUCACAAAAUUCAUGAAUUGGAGAAAGCCCGGCCUGUGUCUUCACCAGGUUCCAAGCCACCAUCUGAGUCAUCAUCGCCGUCGGUGCCGACUAGUAGUUACCAGAAGCCUCGGGAGUAUCGCCAGUCACCUCCGCCACAGAGACACGUCCAUACUCAUCACCAUACACACCUAGUCGGCGGCUACCCCGGUAUAUCUCCUUAUGACCCAUACAGUGCCAUUAUCGUUUCUGGUUCUGUCGCAGACGCGUCAUCGAUCAACGCCGAACCACUUGUACCUGUACUACCAAAACAGUAAUGCCAACUCUUGCUUACAGGAAAGUGAAACAUGACAGUUUAGGAAGAAAACCAUGACAUCGAUCCAAGGAUCUGCCACGAGACUACAAGGAUUGUACGGCAUAUAACGCAUGCUUGGAGUUGGCGAAUCAGGUCUUUUCGGACGAUUGCUCAGUGGAUAUAUGUCUCUUCAACCAGCUGCCUCGCUCACUUUGCUUGGACGAGGAUCUAUGUGUGCUGUGAUUGGACAAUUUUGAGCUGGUGUGAAGACUUAUUGUGACGCAGAAUGGCAGCAGUCGCUUAAUCGUGAGUUGAACAUGGGAGGAACUUUUGUAAAUUGAAAACCUCUCCUUGUCAAUUUAUAAAGUCGGCAUGAUUUUUACUGGAUAUAUGAAUUAACUUUGACUUACUCAAUGGAUGUAUAAAGUAUGUUCACAAUUGGAUACAUGUGCACAAAGACGAUUACGGAUAUACUCUAUUGAAUAAUGAAUCAAUUCAAAUUAUGUGAAAUUUUGAGCACUUUUGCUCGAAUCAUAUACUAUUUUAGCCAUAUUGGCAAGAAAACUAGCUAAAAACAUAACUUGUGGAAAUGGAAGAAAGUCCUUGUGUGUGGUCAUUCAGUCAAAGAACUAUGAUUAUUGUCUUAUACUAGCAAAGGUAAUUCUUGCUUAUAGUGAUGUUUGUAAACUCCAUGUUCUCUAUUAAAAAAGACCUUGGAAUAUAAGAAAGUGGAAUGUACAUAGAUUGCUGGGUGAGAGUGAGUUGGUGAAGGAAUAGUCGAUUGUAUCACAUUUAUCAGGAUCUAUGGGAUAUAUCAUUCUUGGUGAAAUUUUGAUUGGAUUACAUAAUUUGGAUAUACCUGCUUAUUUGCUAUCAGUUUCACCCUUGGAUUAUUUUUGUGAUUUUGCUAUCAAAUGUUUUGGAUAGUCGAUUGAAUUUACCUUACCUAUCAUUGCAUUGUUUUAUUUUUCCUGUCAGCUUUGUCAUCCUUUUAUUGCCUGAUGGAGGUACUUGCUAAGGCCAAUUGUUUUAUAAUUUUUAGUUUACAGGAAUGAGUCAGUAAAAGUUAUGGUGGGCAGUCGAAAUAAAAUUGAGACAGAUGUGAAAAAUGGUGUCAUUACAACACUUCUUAGAACCUCUCCAAAAGAAAAUCCAAAUAUAGAGUUGAUGAUUGAACUGUUGGUACAUCCUAGCGAACAGAAAAUUAUACAUAUAAAUAUGGUAUUAUUGUUCAUAUGUUUAGGCAGAUGAGAGUAACCCAGCGUCAUUGUUUUCGUCAGAGAAUAGUUCGACCAAAAAUGCAGCUCUUCCAGUCUCCUAAAUGAUGAAAACUUGCAUGCAUGUAUUCAAGAAAAUCCUAAGUUAAAUUGUUGAUUCCCUGCAGAUUUUACUUCAUUCAAAUGAAAAAAAUCAGCCUGUCUUCGAAAUGCUAAAUGCGGUUUUGUUUUAUAACUACGGUCGGUAGGCUAACUUUAUUGUUUGGUGUCAAAAUGGGCACGAGAAAAAUUUGAAGAAAAACUUUUUUUAGCCCUGGCCCCUGGCAGAACACUUGUUGGUUACGUACAUCUGUUUUUUACACAGACAAACUUUAAACACACCUCGUGAAAAAAAUCGGAAAAUUCCAAUCGGGGAAAAACGGUUUGUCAUGUUCUGAUUACAACAUUGCCCUGAAACUGUCAUGCUUUUUGUAACUCAUUUGGCUGGAUACGUUGUAAAAACUUUUUAAUGUUUUAAUUGUUGCUGUAAUUUUUGGAUAUUCGUUGUGAAAACAUUGAUUUAAAAGCUUUUUAUGAGUAAUUUGUCGCAUAAUUAAUUCUGUUCAGUUCAAUGCUGCAAAAGAGACAUUCAAAAAUAAAUAUAUUUUGUUAUGUACAUGUACGAUGUAUUCAACUUUGGCAUGGGUGUUCUGUUGAACAAUGGCAUGUCCUAAAAUGACUCUUCCUGCAUUUUGUGUAUCAUUAAUUGUGUAGAUCAGGAUCUAAAGAAAAGAUUCCACUUGGACUUUUCCAACUGUGGUAACUGCUGGGGAAACUACGCUCUGCCCCAUUGGGUAUUUGACACAAAUCGAAAUUUUAAGCCAGGAGCUAAAGUGUAAGCCAAAACCUGCGGCACUUUAGCCGAAAGUUGUCUUUAGCGUAUAUUCCCCCUUAAAUACAAAAAUGAUACAAUUUCUUGUUGAUUGGCAUUAUUUUAUUUACACGUACCUGCUGUUAUAAAGUAUUGGUCAAUCCUGAAUAAAGGACUAACUUUCAUGCCGUUAAAUUCAAUUGUCUGCUUCCUCAGACCUACAGCAAAUAGCCGAUUCUAUUGAAGCACACCACCUCAGGAUAGUUACACAAACGGAACGCAGAGGUAAAUCUGUUUAAAAGUAUUGAAAAGACACUUUGCAUGUCAUUUUCUGUGUUUUGAGGUCAUACCCUGUAAUGUAAAUAGAGGUGAAGAAUGAAAUACUUGUUGUUGAUUUCAACUACAUUCAUCUGGGAUCAAGAAUUGAUAUGACUCGUCAAUCUCAAUAGGUGUUCCUGCAUUGUAGGUGUAUCUGCCUAUCACUAUCAGUCAGUAAACUAAAAUUAUUUUAUUUCACUUAACAUUUAAUCAGACCAAAAUGCUCCAACAAAGGUUUUUGUGGUGGACACCAUUCGCAAAGAUUUUAUUUGGCCUUUCAUUUUUUGCAUGGAUUCUGUUAAAUGUUGUGUAUCAGUCAACAAAAUGCUUCAGUCUGCAAUGCUCAGAUUAGGCAAAAAGGGCUAUUUCUGGGCACUUUACAAUAUUUCAGUUGAGAGAGACUCCGUUAAAAUUUUUAUCGGGGGGAGGGAGGUACCUGUCAUGAUGUCCUGUUAUGAAAAAGGCUCCAUCCCAAAACCAAGAGGCAAUUUUAGCAAAUCCAGAUGCCCUUUCCAACUUUUCCCAAAUCCUGAGCACCAUAUAAUGUGUACAUGUAGGUGUCUCUCCUGAAAAUCGGGGCCAUUUUUGGGUCUACAUGUGUAUCCCAGUGUCCCGGAAAAGAUCAGCCCUCUGUCAUUGAUCCUUAGGUUUGCUGCUAUUUGUGAUUCAUGUCGAUCUACUGUGAACACAGUUAAGAGCUGUCAUGAUUUCUGAGGUGGUAGCACCUGUCCUUUCAAGCAUGUCAUUGCUGAUAAAUGGUGUUGCCACCUUGAGAGCCAUUACAACUCCUGACUGAUGUUACAGUACUUUAUCUGUGAGGGUAGUUUGGUGAAAUUCAUGAACUGGUCGAAAGCUUAGAUAACCAGGUUUUUUUUCUCAUGAUGCCAUAAUUUGGUAAAAAGAAGAGCCGUCGUUGGAUAAAUACAUGUAGUUGACUGGCACUUAUGAUGUUCAGCUUAUUUUCGGGUUGCUGGGCCCAGCUGGAAAUUUGACAAAACAAACGGCCAUUUUAAUGAUACAUGUACCUUUUAUGACUUGGUUAAAAAUUGCAUUCUACAGAAUCUUACGAAACUACCCUCGUCUGCAGAAUAUGUGACCCAUCGGAGAGAAAAAACAGGCGCAUGUCGCACAGAGGAUGAGUGAAAGAAAUUGAUGUGGUCAGAUUUCACAAAAGGCAGACAACAAGUCAAAUAAACAACCAGUUCGUCUCCACCUGCCAAGCGGAGAGCAACGUGCGCCUGGUUUGCUGUGACGGGUCACAUGUGAUAAAAAAGACUGUGUAUAGAUUGAAUUAUGUUGGCACUGUGUAUGUGUAAGAAAUCUAUUUCCUUUGACUGUUAUCACCUCAAUGGAGGGAUCGUUGUGGAAUUGAUGCAUGGAUGAUUUAUGUUCAAGUUGACUAGCACCUCAAUGGCUGCAAUUAAACUGAGCCACAAGCUCACAUUUUUAAAAAA